UAGUAGGGGGCGGUAUAUGCGCCGUAGUUGUGAUCCGCCAAUACAAAUUUAAAGAAGAAGCAGUUCAGUCCACGUUCGGGAUGGUACUCAUAAAGGAAUACCAAGUGCUGUUGCCCUGUUCAGUUGAAGAGUACCAGGUCGGCCAGCUGUUCUCUGUUGCUGAGGCUAGCAAGAAUAACACUGGAGGAGGAGAGGGUAUUGAAGUGCUUCGAAAUGAACCAUAUGAAAAGGAUGGAGAGAAAGGCCAAUACACGCACAAGAUCUACCACAUACACAGACUGAGAAAACCACAUCAUAAAGGGGUGAGCUGGGCUUUCCACACCUCAAACGGUGAUAAACGCUGGUCCCCAAUACAUGCUUUGCAGUUCAACAAGGUACCCAGUUUCAUCCAGAUGUUUGCUCCAGAGGGAGCCCUUGUCUUCCACGAGAAAGCUUGGAAUGCCUACCCCUAUUGUCGCACCAUUGUGACCAAUGAAUACAUGAAGGAUGACUUUUUCAUUAAGAUUGAGACCUGGCACAAACUAGACAUGGGGACCACAGAAAAUCCCCAUGGUCUUUCCCCAGAGGAAUGGGAGGAGGCUGAGGUUGUUCCAAUUGACAUCGCUGACCGAUCACAAGUUGAUGAUGUGGACUAUAAGCCAGAGGAAGACCCAGCCAUCUUCCAUUCUGAGAAAACGGGAAGAGGACCCCUGGGACCAGGAUGGAAGAAGGAGCUCCACAACAGUAACUGUCCCUAUAUGACUGCCUAUAAGCUUGUAACGGUGCAUUUCCGCUGGUGGGGGCUGCAGGGACGAGUGGAGAACUUUAUUCACAAGCAAGAGAAGCGCCUCUUCACUAAUUUCCAUCGGCAGCUCUUCUGCUGGCUAGACCGUUGGGUGAACCUAACCAUGGAUGACAUCCGCCGGAUGGAGGAGGAGACACAGAGAGAGCUGGACCAGAUGCGGAAUGAGGGAUCUGUCAGAGGAAUGAAAGCAGGAGAAGACUAGAUAGAGGGAGGGAGAAAGAGAUUGGAUGGAAGAGAGGGAUAUGGGGCUAUGUUCAAUCAUCCAUUAUUUGACCUUCAGUCCCCCCAUGGCCAUUCACAGCGUGCCACAUCACCGAGUCCUUCCACACAUGAAACUGUCAUCCCUCAUCCAGGAAGUGUCUAUGUGUACGUGAGAGUGCAUGGUUUCUAUGAGAGAAUGUGUAUGAGUGUGUAUCUUUGUCAUAGUUUUUGUCCUUGCUUUUCCGUUGGCUCUUAACCUCAUUAUUUGCUGGCAAAAUUCAUUGUUUUUUACCGAAAAAUGUUACACGAUAUCAACCUUUUUAUAAUAAGUAUUAUUACUCUCACUGUUUUUUAUUCAUUUUGAACCAUUAGCUCGUGACUAUGCCAGUGAAUCCCAUAAAACAAUCACCCCCACUAUUAAGUCUGUGGUGCAUUUCUCCUAUUUACACAUGUAUCUAAAUUAUGAUGAUAACCAUUCACUUAUUUUAAUUAAAAUGUAUGCUACUUCAAGUCUCAGUGGUAGCUUCAGAUUGAAGAGAAGCUGUGAGAUAGUCACCAUUUUAAUGCAGACCUAUGAAAGUUUUGAGAUGAUUGAGUGGAUGACAUGUCUUUUAAACUUGAGUGUAACCAGUGGAACCCCUCCCGCCUCUGCCCAGACCACGCUUCCAAAGAGUUGGGUUGGCUAGGGAACUUUUGGAGAGUUGAGUCUGAUUUACAAUAAUAAUAAAGACUAAUAUUGACUAUCAUGAA